AUGUACAGAAUAGACGUUUCAGAUUUUUAUGACUUCCAAGCGUUCAGAAAUAUGUGUCCAUUUAGAGACUAUAACAAAGCAGUCGAGAAUUUGAAACGUUUAGUCAUUUAUGUCGACUCUGCCCCAGAAUGUUAUGUCAUGAAAGAAUGGGAUGUUGUCUUUAACAAACCAAGAGCAACCAUAGUUUCAGAACAAGAAUGUAGACAGAAACUUAAGAAAAUAAAAGUCGUACAAGUUGGCAUGAAGAUGUUAG